GUGCGAUCUGAGCGCCCAGCGAUUCAAAACUGUUUUGCUUGCUCAAGUGCGCGGUUCUACCCAAAAAUUUAAUUCAAGUUUUUCUAUACUACUUAACUUUAAAUAUUCUUCAAAAUGCGAAUCCUUGCAGAGAACCAUGUCCACCUUCUGGAUCCUUCGGAGCUGAUGCGCCCGGAGCCCACGUUUGCUGACAAGAAUCCCUCCAAAUUCCGGGACUACAGUGUGGACACCACCGAUCCCUUGAAGGAACGUGUGCGCCAGACCUAUCGACAGAUGCACUUGAACCAGACCGUGGACUUCGUCAAAAGUCGCAGAAAUCGCUGGCUGAAGUUCGACACGAUUAAGAUGACUGUGCGUGAGGCUCUGGAGAAGCUGAACGAUCUGGUGGACGAGUCCGAUCCCGACCUGGAUCUGCCCAACAUAAUUCACGCCUUCCAGGCGGCCGAACGGGCACGUGCCGAGUUCCCGGAGCACGAUUGGCUGCAUCUGACGGCCCUCAUCCACGAUCUGGGCAAGAUCAUGGCCUUCUACGAUGAGCCACAGUGGGCGGUGGUGGGGGACACCUUUGCGGUGGGUUGCCGUUGGGGCGACAGCAUCGUUUACCGGGAGGAGAGCUUCGAGGGAAAUCCCGAUGGUGAUAAUCCAGCUUAUAACACCGAAUUGGGCAUUUACAAGCCCAACUGUGGCGUGGACAACCUGCUGAUGUCCUGGGGACACGAUGAAUACAUGUAUUCAGUGCUGAAGCACAACAAGACUAAGUUGCCCCAUGUGGCAUGCAACAUCAUUCGCUUCCACUCGUUCUAUCCGUGGCACAACGGUGGCGAUUAUAAGCACUUGGAGGCACCCGAGGACGCGGAGACCAAGAAGUGGGUGCUGAUCUUCAAUCGCUACGAUUUGUACACCAAGAGCGAGGUGGUUCCGGAUAUCGAGGCUUUGUGGCCGUAUUACCAGACCUUGAUCGACAAAUAUUUGCCCGGAGAGCUGGAGUUCUAAGCGAAUGCUUUUAUUUUAUAAACCUUAUUCUACCAAUAAUCGUUAGUUUUCCAUACGAUUUUAUCCUAUCUCUUAGAUAUAUAUAUAUACUUGUAAUAUGUGUACUCCUUGUAUAGCAGAUAAUAAAAUAUUAAACAAGUAAAAAAAA